UUCGACCUGCACCUGAAACUGACUAUUGGUAGCUUAUUGGUGGGCGAAAGGUGGCAUGUAGACCUGUAUGGAAGGAGAAUUAUCCAUAGAAUCAUCGGCAAGCCUUUUAAUUAAAUUCAGGAGUGCGAAAGGCGACCAUGCGGUUAAGGCUCAUCCCCGCCAAGGAGUUGGACUUGGGCGUGUUUCGAAUGCUCGGCCAUACUUCAUUCUUGCCAAUGAGGUUGAACAGCAUCCAGUCGACUGCUCCUGGCCUGCCUUCGGCCAGCUGUUUCAGAUCCUCCGUCUUCAGUCGGAGGCCCAGUUUUUUCAGUUCGCGGAACGAGAACACCUGCCAGUUCUGCAGCCGACGAAUGAAGCUGCUGGCUGCAGUAUAGCAGCGCAGCUCUAUUGAAGGAUGCCACUUCUUGAGGAUCUCUG